GCGGGGGCCGAGGGGGCGCGAGGCGGCGGCGCGGGGACUCCGGGCCCCGGCGGCGGCCCAUGGGGCGGGAGGCGUGAGGCCGCGGCCUGCCCGGGGCUCGGGGGGUGGGGGGAGCGGGGCGGGGAGAUGGAUAAACUGACCAUCAUCUCAGGAUGUCUCUUUCUGGCCGCCGAUAUCUUCGCCAUCGCCAGCAUCGCCAACCCGGACUGGAUCAACACCGGGGAGUCGGCGGGAGCACUCACUGUGGGCCUUGUGCGACAGUGUCAAACAAUCCAUGGACGAGACCGGACGUGCAUCCCACCUGGGCUUCCCCCAGAGUGGGUCACCACACUGUUUUUUAUCAUCAUGGGAAUCAUUUCAUUGACUGUCACAUGUGGUUUGCUGGUGGCUUCCCACUGGCGAAGAGAAGCUACAAAAUAUGCUCCAUGGAUAGCAUUCACUGGAAUGAUCCUUUUCUGUAUGGCUGCCCUAAUAUUUCCGAUAGGAUUUUACAUCAAUGAAGUUGGAGGUCAACCUUAUAAAUUACCCAACAACACAGUAGUUGGGUCAUCAUAUGUACUUUUUGUCUUAUCAAUUUUCUUUACAAUAGUAGGACUUCUAUUUGCUGGCAAAGUUUGUUUACCAGGCUGAUGA